UACCUGAGCAGCACGCAAUGAUCCGUUGAUUUCGUCAGACUUAAUCUCUAAUUAGUUCUCUCCAGAUUUGCACGAUUUCCAUCAGACGUCGGUAGAGCUGAAGCAGCUCAAGAGGAAGCUGGGGGUCUAUAAGAAGCUGCACAAAACCCGAACUCCUCCUCCGGAUGCAUCCAAUUCUUCGGCAUCAGUGACGCGCACAGUCGUCAAGGAAACUCCGGGCCCUGGAGAAGAGCUGUUCUCCAAGCAGCCUCGGCCAGCUGCCAGCUCAGGAAUAGAUAGCAACACAAAGGUGUGUACGGAAUAUUGGGAUGUACCCUAUGACCCAAUCAAUGAAACCAUUUUUGGGUACUCCGAGCAAUGCCUGCCCCUCGUGCUCGAGGUCAUCUGCAAAGGACGACGCCUCCAAGCACUCGUGGACAGCGGAGCAUCACACACCGUCUGCGACAAGGCAGUAAUCGACCGACUUCGGGAAGAGUACAAGCCUUCGGGAAGAGUGCAACAAUGGUGGACGGCAGCAAGUUACCAGUACACGGCGAAGCAGUGCUACACCUAAAAAUCGGACCACUGCGCUGGAGACCUGCACUCCCCAUCACCAACAUCAAAGGGCUUGACUUGAUCUUCGGGCGAGACUUCCUAAAAAGAUUCAACCCCGAGAUCAACUGGGUGAACCGCACCGCAAGCAUCUAUAACAAUGGACGGAGAGUACAGCUACCCAACUGGGACGAUACAGGAGAUAUCCCAGUGGAGACACUCGCACGAUUCAAGAAGGACGUGAAGCGAACCGACACCGGGUUCCUGGCGAUAGCAACAGAGGCGGAGAACGACAGGGAAAAAACCUCGGAACCUCCAGGAAAGAUCAAGGAAUUAUUGAAGGAGUUCCAAGACAUUCUUCCGGACGAUCUUUCGAGCGAGCUACCGCCAUACCGAACGCAUCAACACGAGAUCGUAGAGGAACCGGGUUCGAAGCCGACCUUCCGAGCACCAUAUCGCCUCAGCCCUACGAAGCUGACCGAUAUGAAAAAACAGAUCGAGUAUCUCCUAGCCAAAGGACUCAUCCGACCAUCCACUUUGCCGUACGGUGCCCCAGUACUCUUCACACCGAAACCGGAUGGAAGCCUGCGCAUGUGCAUCGACUACCGAGCUCUUAAAGCCCGAGUUCAGAAUGGUUUGCCUUCAAGUUCAGGAUUCCUGAACUUGUUUUCGUGGAAAAAAGGGUAACCCUGUUUAGCACACGCAAAUCUCGUGACCCUGGGGGCCUGUGAACAGAGGUUGUUAACGAUUGGGCUGUUCCGCUGAAGGCAAAAAGCUUGCGAGCGCCGCAGCAAAAGACAACACUGGAGAACACUGUUCCCACUCAGGAUUCUUGAACACAAAUGGACCAAACUGAACGCAUUUCCAAGGAGCCUGCACGCGUAUAACUCCCUCAUAGGUCUCUGCGCCGCCAGAUACUCGCGAUCUUCCCCGUCUCCAGCUGACGCCUAAACACCACACCCGUCAAGCACGGGGUACACCCGCCACUCUGUAGCACUAUCGAGUUGAGCGCGAGCGUGACACGCAGCCCCGCAAUAGCCCGUCGUCUGCUCCGCGAUGUCGAGGAACCUUGGCCGAUCUGCGGUCGGCCCACUGCUGCAGAGAGGAGACUUGGCCAGAGGCAUGUAUGCGACAGGCCCCACUAGCCUAGCCUGCCCCUUCCUUGCCCGCUAUCCCAGCAGCACCUGCUAUUCCCCGAGCCCCCACCCCCCCCGCCCUCAAGUCUCUCGCCUGCUAUUCCCUAGCCCGCACCUCCCUUGCCCGCAAUUCCAUCGCCCGCUUUUCCCUACCCCGUGCUUCCCUUGCCGGCAAUUCCCCCGCGCGCUAUUCCCUACCCCAUGCUUCCCUUACCGGCAUUCCCCCCGCGCGCUAUUCCCUACCCCGAGCCUCCUUUGCCCGCAUUUUUCCCGCCCGCUAUUCCCUGCCCCGCGCAUCCCUUGGCGGCAAUUUUCUCGCCCCCUAGUCCCAUCCCGCGCUUCCCUUCACCACAAUACCAUCGCCCGCUAUUCCCUACCCCUCGCUUUCCGUGCCCACAAUUUUCUCCCCCGCUAUUCCCUCCCCCGCA